AGCAACCUUCUACGGCCCAUCAUGCACUGUUGCAGGUAUCUCCUCCUCUCGUUCGUCGCUGCUACGUGGUGGCACUGUCCGGCGCUAGGCCCAGCAGCUGGUGCUCAUGUAUCUGCGUGUCAUGUUUCCUUCAUUUCCUCCCGACGUCCCCUUCUCCUAGCAAAGGUGAGGUUAAAGAUAUCAAAUCCUCCCUUGUGUUAGUGUAACUCCAUGGACAACUAGACCAGACCAGAUCAGGUCUCGCAGGCUCGCUCAGUGGCUCGUCUUCCUCCUCGCGCCAGCGCCGCCACCGCUGCCGAGCGCCCCAGCCCCCUAGCUCGUCUUCUCCAGCGCAGGUAGGAUCCCGGGAUCCGUAAGAUAGACCUUGCUGCGGCUACGGAGAAUGUGAUUGGAAGCAACCGCUGGUUCAAUCAGAAAUGGCUACACCUGGGAGCAGUACUGGUGGUGGCGGCAGCAGCACCAGGGCGGCGAAUGGCGCAGUUGCCAUCAGUGCUGCUGCGACGGCGGCCGGCUCAGCCGACGCCAGAUUCCACUCUCAACCACCACAUCAGGAUAGGAGUAGAUGGGCUGGCUGUUUUUCUGGCUUGUCAUGUUUUGGAUCGCAGAAGGGUGGAAAACGUAUAGUUCCUGCAGCACGCAUGCCUGAUGGGAAUGCAUCAACUAACCGUGGAAAUGCUCUCCAAUCUGGUGGCAAUUCCAACCAAAAUGGGGCUCUGAAUUUAUCUCUUCUUGCUCCACCAUCCUCGCCAGCAUCCUUCUCAAACUCUGCCCUUCCUUCUACUGCCCAGUCACCUAACUGCUUCUUGUCAAUAUCUGCAAACUCUCCUGGUGGCCCGACCUCUAAUAUGUUCGCUGUUGGACCAUAUGCCAACGAACCUCAACUUGUCUCACCUCCAACAGCCUUUUCAACUUACACAACUGAGCCCUCCACAGCGCCACUGACCCCUCCUCCUGAACUAGCUCAUGCAACCACCCCAUCCUCUCCAGAUGUUCCAUAUGCUCGAUUUCUUUCAUCAUCUAUGGGUCUUAAAACUGCAGGCAAGGAGCACAACAUGCAUUACUUAUCAACAGCAUAUUCUGGUGGUUCAGGACUCCAGGGAUCUUAUCCGCUUUACCCAGGAAGCCCUUCUAGCAGUCUCAUAUCACCUGCCUCAGCAACUCCAAGGACCGGUCUUUCCUCACCUAUCCCCGAGCAAGAUGUUCCUACUGCACACUGGAAGAUAUCUAGGUCCGCCUGUGACACACCAUAUUCCAUUGCUUCACCCAUCCCUGAGCAAGAGGUUCCUACUGCACAGUGGAAGACUUCCAGAUCUGCUUGCGACACACCGUAUUCCAGGACAUCACCAUCCAAUAUUUUUGGGCUUGAUUCAGCUGCCCCUAGAAACUGCCUGCUGGAUAGCAAUUUUUUCCGUCCAGCUGCAUCUGCGCAGUUUUACCUGGAUCAGGCUCAGCAGACAUUCCCGUAUAAUGGUGGGCGACUCAGUGUCUCAAGGGAUAAGCAAGAUGCUGAUGAGGUUGAAGCAUACAGAGCAUCUUUUGGCUUCAGUGCGGACGAGAUUGUUACAACUCAACAUUAUGCAGAAAUACCAGAUACACUUGAUGAUGGAUUCAGUAUAUCCCCAUUUGGAAACAGUGCCCCUGCUGCGGAGGUGUCUCCAUUUAAUGAUCUUCCUAAUGAGGCUCAGAAGGUGGAUAAAUCACUCUUGAAUGCAAAAGCGAUCACAAGCCCAAAGAAAUCAGCUGACCAGCUUUCCAGUGGCACUCCACAAAAAGUACUGCACCUGGAUAUAUUCAAAGGAACGAAAGGGGGACACUUGUCUGAUGAUGACGGGAUUGCGAAGGAUUGUCAUCCUUUCAGGAAGUCAAGGGAUGAAAUAUCUCUAAAACCAAUAGAAGUCAGAAAGAAAAGUCCGCCUGGGCAGGCAUGCUCAGAUGCAGAAAUCGAGUACAGAAGGGCGAGGAGCUUGAGAGAAGCCAACAGUGUUCUGUCAUGGCGCAGUACACUCGCGAGGCAGCUACAGUAAUGAUGUACUAAUAUGCAGGACAAAUUCCAGUGUUUCCUUUAGCCUAGCGUGCAUCGAUUCGCGCUGUUAGAAGUAAUCCGUAGUCGAAGAGUAGCAUGUACCACAUAUAUAUCUGGGGAUUAUACUGCCAGAUUGUGUUCUCUGGAUAUGUGAUGACCAGCCUGUAUUCUGUUUAAAAUUCCAUAUUCCUCUUUUGUAGACACUCUCUAAUCGUUUAGCUGAGCAAUGAAAUGAAAGGGCGCUGGAGCACAGGUUGCUCCCAGUCUGCUUGAAUACUUU